CACCAGCGCCUGCUAUUGGCGAGGAUCAUAGGAAUGAAAUUGAUUGCAGAAAUGCAAAACUUGUUGCUGGUUCUCCGAACGCGCUGAUCCCACAGUGCCAAGCGCGAGACGGAGUGUGAUCUCUCAGUGAAUUGCUCCCAGCUGGAGGAGACUACGGUGGAGUCGGGAGCAGAAGGAGUGACUGUAAGAGAGAGAGAAAGAAAGAAAGAAAGAGAGAGAGAGCGAGAGAGAGAAAGAGAGAGAGAGUGGAAGAGUGAGAGAGGGGAAACCAGGUUCGCACAAGCGCACGAUCGCAGUGCAAAUGAUCUGGACCGAGAAGGCUAGAUUGCCAAGCCGCUCUGUGGUGACCGAGCGCGGACAGUGAGCGCUGCGCCUUGACACGGUCGAUGCAGGAGGGCACGCGCAAACAGAGCCUUGGUUUCUUUAUUGACAGAUCGGAUUUUUAUUUAUUUAUUGGCAACCGGAUUUUCGCUCGCAUGGACCAUCCAAAUGAAAAAAGGACACGCUAUUAAUUGAUAUUUUAAGACUUCGCGGAAAGGAGAAGCGACAAGCCGGACGUUUCUGCCCGUUUAGUAAAUUGUGCACGUUGCAGUUCAUUGGAGUUGCAGAACUGUGGGGUCAGAAUGGGGUCUUUAACCGAGACCAGAGAUUACUCGCGCAUAGACGUUUGACAACAAACUGGAAUUAUAUUUUUGAAAUGAAUUUUUAAGUCGAACGCUCAUUCCCGCGACACCGUGCGCGUUUAUACCUGUCAUCGGUCAUUUUUAAACUUUUGAAAAGAAGGGAUGUCCGCGACAAUACUUGGGAAUACGAAAUUGGACGGGGGCAUAUUUUGCAAAUCACAGUUGCAAGUAAGAUAUAUUUGUUUCCCAGCGCUCCACACAGCUAAUUUUACGCUAAAGGAAUAAGAACUGAUUCUAUGCUCCAUCUACACGGAAACGACAUAGGAUAUAUUUGUUUUUUUGUUUCUAAGCGCAGAGACGGCUGCUGGACCUUCCUCGUUUCAUAAUUUUGUGCGUUUUUGCAGCGACAUUGAGGUUGUGUAUGCGUCGGAAAAAUAUUUAAUUUCCUUCAGCAAAAUGUGAACUUCGGGGGGUGAGUUUUUUUCCCUUAAAGCGUCAAAUGUACUUUUUCCGCAGAUCUUGUAGUGGAAUACUAUUUUCAUUAUCAAAAAAUAUUGGUAAACAGUGUUUAUUUAUAUUUUGUAUUUUAGUACCUUAAGAGAAUAUUUCCGUUCAGCAUUUAUUUUAUUUUUUUCAUUUUUUUUUCAACAAUCGAGGGAGAGAGGAGGAAAAAGGAGACUUUACCCGAGACAGCCGUGAAGCUUGGCGAGCUUGCUGUCAUGCGGGAUUGAUCGCGAAGCAGUAUGUUUGGGCUGGAACAGUUUGGUUCUCCGAUCAGUAGCAGAAACUCUGGCCCAGGAGAUAGAAAUUUAAACCAGCCGCGAGUGAACAUGAGUUCUCACUACAAGGGCCCCGGUUUUCACGCCGGCGGGCCGCCGCCCGGAGCCGUGGAACCGGGCAUCGGUCCGCUGAACGAGUCCCCGAUGCUGGGGCUCGGCAUGAACAUGAACGGAGAGCAGUACAGUUUUCACGCGCGAGGGCACGGCGACAUGCACGCGGCUCCGCAACAGCAGCAGCAGCAGCAGCAGCAACCGGCGCCUCACUCAAUUCACGGGUUCUUCGGCAACCAACAACCUCAGCACGGGGGCGGCCACCCCCACGGACACCACCCUCACCCCCAUCAGCACCACCCGCACUUUGGAGGCCCCUUCGGGGGCCCGGACCCCGGGGCCUCCUGCCUGCACGGGGGCCGGCUCAUGGGCUACAGCGCUAACGGCAUGGGGCCCCAGCAGGGCUUCCCCGAGGGGGGGGGGUUCGACCCGCUGGCCGAGGCCGGCCCGCCAGGCGACGGCUUCGCCCCCCAGCCCCAGCCCCAGCAGCGCUCGGGGAACAUCCCGGACUUCCAGCACCACGGGCCCCCCGGCGGGGGCCACGGCGUGCCCGCCCCCUGCCUGCCCCUGGACCAGUCCCCAAACCGGGCCGCCUCCUUCCACGGCCUGUCGGGCCCCUCCCCCUCCGAGGCCCACGGCCUGGAGCCCCGCCGCCUGCCCCCCCAGGGCGGGGUGGAGGGCAUGGACUACGGCUACCCGGGAGAGGCCCCCGCGGGGCACUUCGACGUGCCCGUGUUCUCCCCCUCCGAGUCGGAGUCCCAGCUGCCCCCCCACUACGGGGCGGGGCGGCAGGUAACCGGGGGCAACUUCCCCGGCAACCCCGCCAUGACGCGCGCGCCGGGCAUGCAGAGCGUCUCCAAGGGCCAGCCGGCGCACGGCGUCUUCUUCGACAGGUUCGGCGGCGGCGGCGGACGGAAGAUGUCCGUGGGCAUGGAGCCCGGCAUGGGCGGGAGGCAUCCCAUGAUGCAGCAGCAGCAGCAGCAGCAGCAGCAGCAGGCUGGCUUGCUGGCUCGACAGAACUCCUGCCCCCCGGCCUUGCCCCGGCCCCCCCAGUCCGAGUCGGGCUCCUCGAACCCUGGCAUGCAGGACGGUGGGGGGGUGAUGAUGCCCGGUCAGCACACCCAGUUUGAGUACCCCAUCCACAGGCUGGAGAACAGGAACCUGCACCCCUACGGCGACCCCAUGUUCCAAAUGCAGCAGCAGCAGCAGCAGCAGGGUCCGCCAGCCCCCCCUCAGCAGCCCCCCAACCAGAGGCUGCAACACUUCGACCCCCCCUACCUGAACAUGGCGAAAAGGCCCCGCUUCGACUUCCCCGCGGGCCACGCAGGGGAGGGGUGUGGCUCCUGGACCGGCGGCGGCGGCGGCGGCGGUAUGCACAGCGCGCCCGGCGUGGAGAGCCACCUCUCGCCCUCGGCCUACGCGGGGCUGCCCGGGGACUUCACCCCCCCGGCGCCGGACCCCUUCCCCCCCGGCCCCCCCCUGCAGCACGCGGGGCCCGAGCCGCAGUCACUGCAGCAGCGGCAGAACGCCGCGCUGAUGAUCAAGCAGAUGGCCUCCCGCAGCCAGCAGCAGCGCAUGCGGCCGCCGCCCAGCCUGCAGCAGCUGGGUCACCACGGCGACGUGGUGCACGGGGGCCCGGUGGGGGGGGGCGGCAUGGCCCCGCCCCAGCAGCAGCCCGGGUUCGAGCGGGAGAACGGGGCCCGCAUGGCCGGCUUCGACGCGCAGAACCCGCACAUGAGCCAGGAGGGCGCCUGGUUUUCGGGACCCCCCCACCACCACCAGCCGGGGGAGGCGCUGCCCCGCAGGAUGGGCGGCCCCGGGGUGGGGGGGGGCGAGGCCGAGAUGGGCCUGCCGCAGAACGGCUCGGGCAUGAUGUUCCGGAGCGUGCCGGGCGUGAGCGGGAUGGGCCUGCCGGACGCCAUGCGGCUGCCGGGCGACGGGCACGUCCAGGCCCUGCACUCCCCCGGGCUGCACCCGUCCUUCGGCCUGUCCCAGAUGCAGUCCCCGGGCGCCGGGAUGGGGCACCCCAGCACCCCCUCCGACCGGAGACCCCCGGACUUCUCCGCGCCCCCGCAGCCCUCGUUUCCCUACGGAGGCGGGGCCGGCCGGCAGGGGCCCGCUCCCCAUCCCCACGGCAACCCGGCGGGGGUGAGCACGUCGCCGGGCGGCUACGCGGCGCAGUCGGAGUUCCCGCCGGGCCAGCGGCAGUCCUCCGGCAGCAAGCUGGGGGCGCUGUCGCUGGGCAGCUUCAGCAAGGCCAGCGCCAAGGACAACGUGUUCGGCCAGAGCUGCCUGGCGGCGCUCUCCACCGCCUGCCAGAACAUGAUCGCCAGCCUGGGGGCGCCCAACCUCAACGUGACCUUCAACAAGAAGAGCCCGGGCGAGGGCAAGCGCAAGCUGAGCCAGGCCGAGCCCGACGGCUCGGGGGCCGAGUACUUCCAGAGCCCCGGCGCCGCGUCGCAGAACGGCCCGAUGCCGCCGGGCGGCGGGAAUACCGGGAACGCCGCCGGCGGGAAGCCUGCGGGCCAAGGCCAGGCGGCGCAGGGGGAAGCCAGCGCCCUCUCCCCAAACUACGGCAUGGACGUUCCCCAGGGGGGCGAGGGGAAACCGGCGGGCGGGACCGGGAGGGGGAGGGGCCGGAGAAAAAGAGACAGCGGACAUGUGAGCCCGGGGAUUUUUUUUUCCUCUGAUGGCGGUGGCGGCGGCGGCGGCAACCCCGUGGUGAGCCCCGGCCCGCCGGGGGGGCCGCCCUCCUCCGGCAUGGGGGAGAGGGGAGGGGGCGGGAGCACGCCCCACGACAAGCCCCUCACCUCCCCGUCCUGGGGCAAAGGGGGCGACCUGUUGCUGGGCGACCAGCCGGACCUGAUGUCCUCGCUGGACAGCGGGAUCCAGAGCGUGGCCAAGUCCGACGGCAGCUCGCCGCGCGUCGACUUCGCGGACGAGGUCGGCGGCGCCCACUACGGCGGGAACGAGGACGAGGUGUCGUCCAGCUCGGACGGCGGGGGGGGCGCGGGGGCGGGGCACAAGGCCGGCCGCAGCCCCCUCCUCGCCGGCUCGCCCAAACUGCCGCGGGUGGACCACGGGCUCCUCGGCGGGCAGAACCCGCUGGGGCUGGGCAUCGCCAACCACUCUACCUCUGCGCCCGACGCCUACGGCCUCCACCCCGGCACCCCCGGCGUGGAGCAGGUGCGCACCCCCUCCAGCACCGCCGGCUCGGACGACAUCCACCCGCUGGAGAUCCUGCAGGCGCAGAUCCAGCUGCAGCGGCAGCAGUUCAGCAUCUCCGAGGACCAGCCGCUGGCCAUGAAGGGCGGGAAGAAGGGCCCGGACUGCGGCGGGCAGGGGGGGGACGGCGAGCUGGGGGGGUGCGGCAGCCCGCGGGACGCGGGCCAGGGCGCCGUCAGCACCAUCGACCUCGACAGCCUGAUGGCGGAGCAGCACGCCGCCUGGUACGUGCCCGGCGACAAGGCCCUGAUGGACGGGCACGACGGCGACAAGACCGCGGCAUCCUGGGAAAAGACCAAGAGCCAGAGCGCCGGCAAAGAAG